AUGACAACCUUGGACAAGGUUAUAAAACAGGAAGAAGCCAUCGAACAGUCCAUGCCGAAAAGCAGGGAAAACCCCCCUGACACAAAAGAAACACCAAAAAGAAUAGCAGGAGUGAGGAAAAGGCGCACUACAUUCUGCUUUUAUUGCGACAGCCAAGAGCAUUGGUCAACUGAAUGCACAAAAAUAGCCAAUCCAAAGGCACGUUUGGAAUACCUGAAGAAGGCCAAUCGGUGCAUAGGAUGCGGAGGUAAAAAUCACGUUUUUGCCGAAUGUAAAGGCAAAGGCUGUAUGAAAUGCGGUAAGAAGCAUCAUACAUCAACCUGCUUUCAAACAAAGCAAACUACAGAAGGCACACCGCUGCCAAAACCAUCAAACAACAAGAAGGAGGGCAGCAAGAAAACACCUCGAGCGCAGCAAAAUUGCGCAUUCUACGAGGAUGACACACUCACAGAGGAUGAAGCUCCAAAUCUAACUGUGAUGAAAAUAGAAAACACCACUAAAGGAACAUUACAUACGGUGCAUCCGCGCACACGACGUCCAUUGAGAUUACAUGUACUUUUGGACACUGGCGCAGAUCGUACCUUCAUUGAUGCUGAUCUCGCCAAAGAGCUCGAGCUACCAGAGCAUAAUGUGAUCACAAUGAAGUUGUGCACAUUCGGAGAAAAGCAUCCGAAAGAAAUCCAAUGCAUCGAUACAUAUUUGCAAGUGUGGGACUCCACAGGAAAAGAACAUAAUCUACGAGUUUUCACACACGAUGGACUCACGAGGAAUUAUCACAGAAGGCGCCUUGAAGAAAAGGACCUUCAGUUCAUUCGUGAUAAUCAUCUCAUCCUGAGUGCUCCAAAAGAAGGAGAAGCUCAUUCUCCAAAGAUACUCAUAGGCUGUGACCAGCUAUGGAACUUUAUGAACUUCGAAGAACGAAACUUCAUUUUACCAUCUGGUCUUGUUCUAGUACCGACACGACUAGGUUAUAUGGUCACUGGGAAGCGCAACUGCAAUAAAGAAGAUGACCCUGGCCAACAGAGUUACUCAGUGCAUACUGUUGAGUCAUCUUAUCAAACACUUGGUCAGUGGGAACACCAUUGGACAAUACAGCCUCAUCAAGCAGAAAAGGAAUUCUGCGGCCCUGAAAAGGAAGAAAAGGCUCUCAUCAACGCUCAAGUCUUGGCAGACUUCAACAAAUAA